AUGAAAGAAAAACACACGAUAGAGACAAAGCGAGCCCUCCCAGCGACCCAGCCAGCGCCUAGCCCGACCGUCAACCAAUCUCGCCGAGACCCGAGUGCCGAGCAGGCGAGAGCGGGCGAAAGCGGGCGAGAACGGGCGAGAGCAAGCGAGAACGGGCGAGAGCGGGCGAGAGCGGGCGAGAGCGAGCAAGAGCGGGCGAAAGCGGGCGAGAGCGAGCGAGAGCGGGCGAGAGCGAGCGAGAACGGGCGAGAGCGGGCGAGAGCGGGCGAGAGCGGGCGAGAGCGGAGCGAAAGCGGGCGAGAGCGAGCGAGAGCGGGCGAGAGCGAGCGAGAGCGGGCGAGAACGGGCGAGAGCGGGCGAGAACGGGCGAGAGCGGGCGAAAACGGGCGAGAGCGGGCGAAAACGGGCGAGAGCGAGCGAGAGCGGGCGAAACCGGGCGAGAGCAAGCGAGAACGGGCGAGAGCAAGCGAGAGCAGGCGAGAGCGGACGAGAGCGGGCGAGAGCAAGCGAGAACGGGCGAGAGCGGGCUAA